AUGUUCAAGUUUGAUCAGCCUGUAGAUGAGAGCUCCAGGAGUGCAGUGGAGCGGCGGCAGGCUGCAGAAGCUGAACGCCGUAAGCGCAUCUUCAAUCCAAGGAACCGGGUGAUUGGAUUGGACGUGCAUGCGCUCGAACAGCAGGUGACUGAGAGGCGCAAACGUGAGGAGGUGGAGAGGCAGCAGAAAUUAGUGUAUGAUACGUUGUGUAUUUCCACUGACCAAAAGCUGAUAGAGCAAGACAGAAAGGAGGACAGUCGAAGGAGAGAGUUGGCCCAGGAUCUUGUGCAGUAUUGGGCGACGUACCAGCGCUCUGAGGAUUCUCGUGAUGCAGACAUUAAUUAUAAUCACCAAGGGGGAGCCAGUGUCAGCUCAGUCAAUCAGGACUCAUUAGGGCCUGCGAGUAUGCAGGUUUUUCAGGGUGAAGGAGUUGGGGAAAAUGAAAGGAGGAAGAAUCAGAUAGAAGAGAAUGAGAGAAUACUGAGAGCUCAAAGGGAGGAACGAGAGAAAUGGAAGAAUGAGCAGAAACAUAAAGAGUUGCUAAGAGACCUGGAGAUGAUCCAGCAGGACCAGAGAGCACUACAGCUGGAUGCUCUGGAAGAAGAGUGUAAAAAAGCUGCUCACAUGGCACUCAAAAGCUACAACCAGGCCCAGGCAGAAGAGAGACAAGAGCAGGAGAGGCAAAACAAGCAGACGCAUGAGGCCCUGAACAUGGCAGAGAUUCUGCAGAUGGUGACCUCUGACCUUUUGACUGAGUGCCCAGAAGCUGCAGUGAAGGAAGGCAUGGGUUCACCUGAGGCUCCCCAAGUGCUACCUGAUCGCUGGAAGGGAAUGAGCUCUGAGCAGCUCGAAGCCAUCCACAGGCAGAGAGCAGAACAGUGUGCUGAAAGAGAGAGGCAAAGGCAGCAGGAGAAGCAGAACAACCUGGAGUGGGGUUGGCAGCAGCUGAAGCAGGCAAGGCAGCACGAGGAGGAGGAGAGAAGAGUGAGGGAACUGGAGAGAGAGAGGAGAACACGACUGGACCAGUACAACCAGCAGCUGGCCAGAGAGCAGCAGGCACACCAGGAGUACCUCAAUAAUGAACUUUACACCAACCGGCCCACUGUGCGCUACUUCAGCCAGUUCAACACCACCACUCGCUAAAGGUCUGACCAUCAUCAGGUCAACUCAGGCUGCUGGAGUUUUACAGAACUAUAC